AUGUUGACAAAAAGAGUCUUAUUUCCAAACGCUCCCCGCGAUGGGAGGUUUGGGGACAGAGAUGUGUUUCUCCGGAACAGGGAGAUCGAGAUGCAUGGCAAGAAUGGAGAUUUGGCUGCGGCAGUAGAGGUCUUUGAAGCUCUAGCUUCUCGGAGGGAUGUUUACUCGUGGGUGUUUAUGCUGGUUGCGUUUACUCGGAACUGCCGGUUGAUGCAGGCAAGCCGUUGUUUUGAAUCCAUGCCUCAAAAGAAUCUUGUUGCGUGGAAUGUGAUGUUGUCAGCAUAUGCCAAAACGGGGCAUCUGCUGCAAGCGCAAGCGCUCUUUUGCGAGAUGCCUUUCUGGGAUUUGGUGUCUUGGGAUUCAAUGCUUUUGGCGUUUUGUCGUGCGGGUUUGCUAGAUGGUGCGAGAGGAUUUUUUGCGAGAAUGCCAGAGUGGGACUGCGUUGCGUGGAAUCUGUUGCUGAAUGCGUAUGCCCAACUUGGGCAUAUAGGUGAAGCUGCAUUUUUCUUCAGUGGUAUGCCGGAACGAAGCUUGGUUUCGUGCACGGCAAUGGUUCAUGCUUAUGUCCAAAACGGGGACUUAGAAAGUUCCAAGUUUGCGUUUGAUUCCUCUCGUGAACACGACCUUGUGUUGUGCUCUACAAUGAUCUCGGCGUUGUCUUCCAAAGGAGACCUAGCAGGAGCAAAAGGGGUGUUUGACUCCAUGAAAGAGAGGGAUGUGGUCGCAUAUACCGCACUGCUUACGGCAUAUUCGCAUUCUGGGGAUCUCCUCAAGGCCCAGGAGACCUUUGACGCCAUGAAAGAGCACAAUGUAGCUGCAUGGAAUGCCUUGCUUGCGGCAUAUGCCCGGAACGGGAAUCUUCCGGGAGCCAGAAGAAUCUUCGACAAGAUGCCCCACAGGGAUCUCCAGUCCUGGGUGUCUAUGCUUUCGUUUUACUCUCAAGCCGGUGAGAUAGAAAACGCAAAGCUCGUGUUUGAUUCCAUGCAAAGCUGGGACCAAAUCUCCUGCAACUCGAUGCUCGCGGCAUAUGCCAAGUAUGGGGAUAUUCGAGAUGCCGAGAAUCUCUACUGCUCGAUUCCCACCCACGAUACCGCCACCUUGAACUCCAUGCUCGCGGCCUACUUGCACAGGGGCUGCUUCCCAGAGGUCAAGAGGCUCUUUAACACCGCCCAAGAGAGGAAUCUUAUCACCUGGAACAUAGCUCUGGGGGCAUAUUCCAGCACUGGGAAUCUUGCCCGGGCCGGGACCAUUUUCAGUCGCAUGCCGUACCACGACAUGGCCGCGUGGAAUGCCAUGGUGGCGGCAUAUGCACGGAACGGUCCGUACAAGAAAAUGCUUGAAUUCUUCCAUUUGUUGAACCUGAUGGGUGAAGUUCCAGGCGAGCUCGUGUUUGCCCUCUUGUUUCUGGCAUCAAGUCAUGCAGGAGCAAUCAUUGAUCAAUCAGGAUGGAGCACUCUUUUGGGAGAUUUCGGUGUCAAUCUAACCAAGCAGCAUUUCUCGUGUGUGAUUGAUCUUCUUGGGCGAUGUGGAUACUCAAAAGAUGCCAGGGAUCUGGUUGCAAAUAUGCCAUAUGAGCCUGAGGUGUUGGAUCAAGCUUGUUUGAUCAGUAGCUCACCUCACUUAAAAGUAUAA